UCUUCUUGGAAAAUUCCUCCUCGAGUCUUCAAGUCUUCCCAGUCGGAAGCAUUACUUAACAUAGCACACAAUGGACUGCCGUGUGCUCCAUUGCAGACUUUCACGGAGGAGGAGCUGAUGAUCAGAAACACAGUUAAAAAGUUUGCCCAGCAACAAAUUGCUCCUUUGGUUUCAACAAUGGAUGAAAAUUCAGAAAUGGAUAAAUCAAUAAUACAAGGACUAUUUCAACAAGGGUUGAUGGGGAUUGAAGUUGACACAAAAUAUGGAGGAACGGGAGCAUCCUUUUUCUCCUCUAUCCUGGUGAUAGAGGAGCUCGCCAAAGUUGACGCAUCUGUGGCUGUGUUGUGUGACGUCCAGAACACAGUCAUUAACACGCUGAUGAGAAAACAUGGGACAGAAGCACAAAAGGCCACCUAUUUGACCCAGCUGGCUUCAGAAAAAGUGGGAAGUUUCUGUCUGUCUGAGACUGGAGCAGGUAGUGACUCAUUUGCUUUGAAGACCAGAGCUGAUAAGAAGGGAGAUUAUUACGUCAUCAACGGGUCAAAGAUGUGGAUUACCAAUGCCGAGUAUGCAGGCCUUUUCCUGGUGAUGGCUAAUGUAGACCUUAACAUGGGGUAUAAAGGGAUCACCUGCUUCAUAGUAGAUCGCGAUACUGAAGGCUUUCACAUAGGAAAGGCAGAAAACAAAAUGGGGAUCCGAGCAUCUUCUACCUGCCCAUUAACACUUGAAAAUGUGAAGAUUCCAGAAGCCAAUGUCCUGGGCCAGGUUGGGCAAGGCUAUAAGUACGCCAUCGGGAGUCUCAAUGAAGGUCGAGUAGGCAUUGCGGCUCAGAUGCUGGGUCUGGCACAAGGAUGUUUUGACUACACUAUCCCCUAUAUUAAAGAAAGGGAACAAUUCGGCAAGAGACUAUUUGAUUUUCAGGGUCUCCAACACCAAGUGGCUCAUGUGGCCACCCAGCUGGAAGCUGCCAGAUUGUUGACGUACAACGCGGCCCGGCUUGUAGAAGCUGGAAGGCCCUUCAUAAAAGAAGCAUCAAUGGCCAAAUACUACGCAUCCGAGGUGGCUGGACUAACAACUAGUAAAUGUAUUGAGUGGAUGGGGGGAGUUGGCUACACCAAAGAUUACCCUGUGGAGAAAUUCUUUCGAGAUGCAAAGAUUGGUACCAUAUAUGAAGGAACGUCAAACAUCCAGCUGAGCACCAUUGCCAAGCGCAUCGAUGCGGAAUACUGACAUCCAGGGCUGGGGCACCUCCCUGAUGUCACUGGCAUCAACACUGAGACGAUUGUGACUUGCUGGGAG